GGGCGGAGCCGGGCCGGACGGAGCCGGGUGGGGCCGAGUUGGGCCGAGCCGGGUCGGACGGGGCGGAGCGCUGGGGCCGAGCUUAAGCCGUCUUCACGGCUAUGAAGCGGGACCGGCUCGGGCGCUUCCUGUCGCCCGCGGCGUCCCGGCAGCGCGGGAGCUCGGGCCGCGGCAGUUGUGGCGGAGGCCGGGCCCGGGGCCGCCCCGCCCGCAGCGGGCCCGACGUGGCCGAGGCGGCUGCUGUGGUGGCGGCGCGGCUGGGCUGGGGCCCGGCGCGGCCCUGCGGGGACACGGGCCAGGACGGCGCAGACGAGGCAGGAACAGCCCGGGCCCUGGCCAUGGGGCACUGUCGCCUUUGUCAUGGGAAGUUCUCCUCCCGGAGUCUCCGAAGCAUCUCCAGCAGGGCACCUGGGGAGAGCUCAGAAAGGCCACCCCCUGGGGACCGUGUUUUCAUCCGGGAUUUCCAGCGCCUCCUGGGCGUGGCUGUCCACCAGGACCCAGCUCUGUCCCAGUUUGUCUGCAAGAACUGCCAUGCCCAGUUCUACCAGUGCCACGGCCUCCUCACAUCUUUCCUGCAGCGAGUCAAUGUUCCCCCAACAGGCCGCCGGAAGCCUUGCGCAAAGGUCGGUGUCCAGCCACGGAUGGGGCCAGAGGAGGGAGCGUGUGUGGUGGACCUGAUUGCUUCGAGCCCCCAGGGCCUGCGUGGCUUGGUGGGGUGGGUGCACAGACACGCGGCCAGCUGUGGGGCCCUACCUAGCCUCCAGAGGACGCUGUCCUCCGAGUACUGUGGUGUCAUCCGGGCCAUGUGGGGCUGCGACCAGGGCCAUGACUACACCAUGGACGCCGACUCCAGCUGUGGGGCCCUCUUGCUGGACAGCGCUUUGGGUGUCAAGUGGACGUGGGACAAGGAUUCAGCCCCGCGACUCCCCCAGUAUCGGGGGUUCAACGCCACCGGGGCUGCCCCUCAGAGCUCCCAAGGCAGAGCAGCUGCGGCGGGGGCUGAAACCGAGACACUCCCCAGCCUCGACACAAGCCAGCUUCCUUCAGAUGGUGACCCAGUGGGGCCGGGGCCGGGCCCCCCGUCUCAGCCAAGCCUCCCCCGAGGUGGGGACCCAGGGCAAUUGGGUGAGAAGCAGGUUCCAUCUCCAACCUCGGAUGAUCGGGUAAAAGACGAGUUCAGUGACCUUUCUGAGGGAGAUUUCCUGAGUGAAGAUGAAAAUGACAAGAAGCAGAACACCCAGUCCUCGGAUGAGUCCUUUGAGCCGUACCCAGGAAAGAAGGUGUCUGGUAGGAAGAGUGAAAGCAAAGAAGCCAAGAAGUCAGAAGAACCAAAAAUCCGAAAGAAACCUGGGCCUAAGCCGGGCUGGAAGGGCAAGCCACGGUGUGAGAGGGAGGAACUGCCCACCAUCUACAAGUGUCCGCACCAGGGCUGCACGGCUGUGUACCGCGGGGCCGACGGCAUGAAGAAGCAUGUCAAGGAGCACCACGAGGAGGUCCGGGAGAGGCCCUGCCCACACCCCGGCUGCAAUAAGGUGUUCAUGAUCGACCGCUACCUGCAGCGCCACGUCAAGCUCAUCCACACAGAGGUGCGGAACUACAUCUGCGAUGAAUGUGGACAGACCUUCAAGCAGCGGAAGCACCUCCUGGUCCACCAGAUGCGCCAUUCGGGAGCCAAGCCUCUGCAGUGUGAGGUCUGCGGGUUCCAGUGCCGGCAGCGGGCAUCCCUGAAGUACCACAUGACCAAGCACAAGGCUGAGACAGAGCUGGACUUUGCCUGUGACCAAUGUGGCCGGCGGUUUGAGAAGGCACACAACCUCAACGUGCACAUGUCCAUGGUGCACCCGCUGACGCAGACCCCAGACCAGGCCCCAGAGGCCCCGCCCAGGCCCGCAGCAGGGCAGGUGGUGAAGGCCGAGCCCACCUGAGGGCCUGGCUGCCCUGAGCUCGGGUGGUGACUGGUUCAGGCCUGUGCGCAGAGUGGUGCCCUGAUGCGCCCCCACUCUGCGUGUUGGGCGGCGAUGGUUCAGUCUGCAGCUCGCAGGAUCUUGUGGCCUCUGCUCUGGGACCAGCAGUUUCUUCUCCUAUAACCAGAGUGACUUGGGCCAGAUGCAGAUUUUAGAGAACUGAUUCCUCUUACCCACUAAAGCAGUUGAGAUUUGUAACCCACUUCCGAGGAGCUGGGCAGUGCCCUGUGCAG